GAACGAGGGUCUGGCGCAGAGCUCCUCGCCACCAUGAAAACCAUUAUCGCAGCCUGUUCCCAAAACCUUAGCGGCAACCGCGCCAGUGUCCAGACGGCCCUGCGCACCCUGCUCGCAGCACCCUGGCCCUCACAGCGGAAUGUCCGCUCCUGGCUCCAGCUCCUCUCCGUCCUGCAGUGGGUGCUCAGCUUCCUGCUGCUGGGAACCGUCAGCCUGCUGCUCCUCAUUUACCUGGUGUUCACCAGCUUUUGGCCCAUCUCUGCCCUCUACCUGGCCUGGAUCAUCUUUGACUGGGACACACCGGAGAAAGGUGGCAGGAGGCUGCCGUGCCUGCGGAGAUGGCCCGUGUGGAGGCACUUUCGGGAUUACUUCCCGGUGAAGCUGGUGAAGACACACGACCUGUCCCCCAGCCACAACUACAUCAUCGGCUCCCACCCCCACGGCAUCCUCUGCGUCGGCGCCUUCUGCAACUUUGUCACGGGCUCGACAGGCUUCGGGGAGCUGUUCCCAGGGAUCCGGCCUUUCCUCACCACCCUGGCCGGCAACUUUCGCCUUCCCGUCUUCAGGGAGUACCUGAUGAGCGGGGGCCUGUGCCCAGUGACACGUCGCGCCAUCGGGUACCUGCUGUCCAAGAACGGCACCGGCAAC